AUGAAUUCGCUCAAUUAUUUGUCGCGUCAGAUUGAUGUCCUUGCGACGGCUGGGACGCCCCCGUCUACACCACUCACGUCGAGUCACAUUAUCAACACUGGUCGUCCUCAGAGAGCAAAAUCGUACAACAGAAUUGUACCCCGACGACCUUCACAUCAUGGCCAGCAACACGCCGAUGGUUCACCUGCCUUUCCAACCCACGCAAAUAAGAGAUCCUUUUCUUCUCCGGCCCUUUGGUCGUUUCGCAAGCCGUCGCUAACGCCAAACUCGUCCAGCCCGCCGACACCAGCGCCGGUGCUCAAACGAACGACUUCGUAUGAUUUUGGGCUAACGCCCACGCCCGAAUCCACAUCACCACACACGCGACCUCUGCUCAUUCGGAUUAUUACCAUUAUCUGGAGCACACUCUGCGCGCUGUGGUUUGGGGUAACCGGAUAUCUCGUCUUACCGCCCCUCCUCCCGCGUCAGGGCGCCACAUUGGAGAGUGAAAAGAAUACAGCCGACGACGAUACGACGGGGGAUGAAGGCCAGGAGAGUGAGGACGAUGGUAUUGUUGCACGUGCGACCAAACGUUCGAUUCCCACUCUGGAGCAAGAUAAAGAGGCAGAGACGUUUGGUGCACCUCUUGCUAGCUUUCAAAUGUCCAUUACAUCGACGACAAUUCAGGAAGAGGAGCCGCCGUUUUCGCUAGAGCCACCGACGCCAGAAGAGGUCCAAGCUCGGACAGAAACGCCGCGUAUUGAUCUGAUUCCACCGACUCCCAGAACACAUACACCACCACCUUCUAUACGACAACGACCGACGCCGUCUUCUUCCCUUUUGCCGAAUCCGAUUGCCUCUUCCCUCUUGACUCGAGCGAAUACGGUCCCCAGCAGCGUGCAGUCGAGUAUUACGUUACAACAACAGCAACAACCACAUCCGCAGCAAUACCAACCAUCUCCGAGAAAGAUGACGGGGCUGCACAUGCAAAAGACGCUUGUGCUCGACUUGGAUGAGACGUUGAUCCAUUCGACGUCGAGACCUCUCCGUGCGCAUACAGGAGGUGGUGUGUUCAGUAUGGGAGGCUUUGGUUUUGGUUUUGGCGAGAAGCGUGGACGGGAGGCAGGCCAUAUGGUGGAAGUUGUGCUGGGCGAUCGCUGCACGCUGUACCACGUGUAUAAGAGACCGUUUGUGGAUUACUUUCUACGAAAAGUAUCGUCGUGGUACACGCUCGUCAUUUUCACCGCGUCGAUGCAGGAAUAUGCGGAUCCAGUCAUCGACUGGUUGGACGCUGGCAGGGGUAUCCUCAGUCGGAGAUUCUUCCGAGAGUCUUGUACACAGUUGCCAAAUGGCGGAUAUACCAAGGAUCUCAGCCUCAUCGAGGAAGAUCUUUCUCGCGUCUGCUUGAUUGAUAAUUCGCCCGUCAGCUAUAAUAUUAACCCUGCAAAUGGAAUUCCUAUCGAAGGCUGGAUAUCCGACCCAUCCGACGAAGCGCUUCUGCAUUUACUUCCAGUGCUGGAUAGCUUGCGAUUCGCGUCAGACGUGCGUCGUAUCUUGGGCCUCCGACUAUUUAACUAG